GGUUGAAUUAGUAAAAGUAGGAUAACUAAUAACGGAUAAGAGUGCCAAAAACUUCACAAUCACAUCAAACACCAUGAAAACAAACUAGAAGAAACAAAGCCACAAAUUACGUUCGCAAGUAGUAAUCAAAAUCAAACCAGAGCGACCGAGGAGGGCGGCGAUCGGCGAUGAGCAGCGGCGGCGGAUCGUCAGAGGCGGCGGCGGCGGCGAAGGAGAAGGAGAAGGAGAAGGCGCGUGUGAGUCGAACGUCGCUGAUUCUGUGGCACGCGCACCAAGACGACGCCGCAGCGGUGAGGAAGCUUCUGGAGGAGGAUCCAUCGCUGGUGAAGGCGAGGGAUUACGACAGCCGGACGCCGCUACAUGUGGCGUCGCUCCAUGGAUGGGUUGAGGUUGCGAAUUGCUUGAUCGAAUUCGGUGCUGACGUCAACGCUCAGGAUCGUUGGAAAAACACUCCUCUGGCUGAUGCAGAAGGAGCUAAAAGAACUGCCAUGAUUGAGCUUUUGAAGUCACAUGGUGGCUUGUCGUAUGGCCAGAAUGGAAGCCAUUUUGAACCGAGUCCUGUUCUUCCCCCAUUGCCUAACAAAUGUGAUUGGGAAGUUGACCCUUCUGAGCUGGACUUCUCCAAUUCAGUUUGCAUUGGAAAGGGAUCUUUUGGUGAGAUUUUGAAAGCCCAUUGGCGUGGAACACCUGUUGCUGUCAAACGUAUUCUUCCAUCUCUGUCAGAUGAUAGAUUGGUCAUUCAGGACUUCAGGCAGGAGGUUAAUUUACUUGUGAAGCUUCGACACCCUAAUGUUGUUCAAUUUCUUGGAGCUGUUACUGACAGAAAGCCUCUUAUGUUAAUUACUGAGUAUCUGAGAGGAGGUGAUCUUCAUAAGUACCUCAAGGACAAAGGUGCACUUAGUCCUUCAACAGCCAUCAAUUUUGGCUUGGAUAUUGCUAGAGGGAUGGCUUAUCUUCACAAUGAACCAAAUGUUAUCAUUCAUCGAGACCUAAAGCCAAGGAAUGUUCUUUUAGUCAACUCCAGUGCUGACCAUUUAAAAGUUGGUGAUUUUGGACUUAGUAAGCUCAUUAAGGUCCAAAGUGCUCAUGACGUAUACAAGAUGACGGGUGAAACUGGAAGCUACCGCUACAUGGCUCCUGAAGUUCUCAAACACCGGAGAUAUGAUAAGAAGGUUGAUGUGUUCUCCUUUGCAAUGAUUCUGUAUGAGAUGCUUGAAGGUGAACCCCCUUUUUCAAAUUACGAACCUUAUGAUGGAGCCAAAUAUGUGGCAGAAGGACACAGACCUUCUUUUAGGGGAAAGGGUUAUAUCCCUGAACUGCGAGAGUUAACUGAGCAGUGUUGGGAUGCUGACAUGAAGCAAAGACCUUCAUUCAUAGAGAUCAUUAAACACCUUGAAAAGAUCAAGGAAAAUUUGCCUUCAGAUCAUCACUGGCACUUGUUCACUUCAUGAUUUUUAGGAGCAUUGGUGCCGUGAAAUUCAGAUGAUUAUCUGCUAUUACCAUUCCAGCGGGUUGCCUUAUCUACUGUCGCGGGUUUUUGAACAGAGCCGACUUGGAAAACCUAGCUAAGGUCAUGAGCAUUGCUUUGAACUGUUAGAUUCAAAUGAGCAUAACAGGUUUAUGCUGAUUGCCUUUAUCUGGUGUUUACAUUCAAUUACUGUUUUUUGUCUCAUUAAAAUUCUUGGCGAAUUCUAUUCAGCUAUUUAAGUGAGCAGAUACUAGUUGUUGCUUGAGUGUAAUAUGUAGGGUACAAAACCCAUUGAGGAAAAAUAUAACACAUCAUGCAAUCUAGUGUUUAAUAUUUUAUCUUAUGAUUAAAAAUUAAUAGCGGUUUUCAUUUCUUGGA